AUGCCUCGCCCACGGCUCACGCUUUACUUCGACCUCCACAGCCCCUACUCGUACCUGGCAUUCUAUUUGAUCCACACUUCUCCAGUCUUCAAACAAUGCGACGUGACGUACGUCCCCGUCUUACUCGUCGCGUUCAUCAAGGCGGUGGGCCUCCAACCACCUUGGGGCAGUCCUACCAAACCGUCUUAUAUGACAACCGACAUUACUCGAUGGGCCCGCGACUACGAUAUCCCCUGGACACCAGGAUGGCCGGCGAACUACCCGUUCAAAUCUACCACGCUGAAAGUCGAAAGAUUCCUGGUAGCAUGCUCGCGGGAAUGCCAGCAGCAGUACCCCAACGUGAUCGCGGCACUCUACCACGCUUUCUGGGUGGAGAAGAAAGCCGUGCAACUGUCUGAAGUGUACGAGCCGAUCGCCGCUGACGUCCUGGGCCAGGAAACGGCUCAGAAGGUCAUAGAGAGGAGCUCUACGGAAGAAGUCAAGAACCUACUAAAGCACAACACAGAUCAAUGCAUAGCCAGCGGCUCUCCAGGUGUGCCGUGGAUCAGGGCAGUCAAUCCACAAGGUCAGGAAGAGUGUUACUGGGGCUUCGACCAUCUAGGACAGGCGGCCCAACAUUUGGGUUUGGGUAAAUUGAAAGGCCCUCAUCUAUGA